GGUGUUGUUAACAAAAAUGUUGAAACAAAUGUAAAAUAGCUAACAGGGAUGACUAUUUAAUCAUGUUUGGUCAGCGCAUUAAUAUUAAUGUGCACUACUUGUCUCCGCAUUAAUAUUUACAUUAACUGUCAGCAGUCAGGUGCGCGUGUAUCGGGAAUUUACCAACUGGUUUCGAACGCGGCUCAGCCAAUCAGAGUCGAGGAUGCGACCUUUCCUGCUCCGUGAUUGGUUGAUCGUUUCCAGCACUUGAGGAAUGCGACCGUGGGCCAGAGCCAUGUUGGCCAAUCAAGGAGUCGUCCAGGGAGCGCAGCGGACCUGAGUGAGAGCAGUCAGAGUCGGAGAGGCGGAGGGAGCAACAUCAGCGCCGUGGACGUGGAGCCUUUGAGCAUCACACACAUCAUCCACCGCAACGAUCAAAAAACUGAAAAUAACGUGACUACACGAGAAAGAUCUGUUUUUUCUAAACGCGUCCUCUCACCGGGUUUCUCCGCUUUCUUUGUGUUCUUGUGUUAUUGUACUGGAGGAGAGCGAGGCUUCACUGCGGCUAAUCAAUUCUCCUCAUCCAGACCUGGAAUUACAAUGAAACAUGUAGGUGACACGUUUUCUCUCUCAGUCCAGGAACCACAAUAGAGAAGACGGCGAAGAAGAAAGCAGGGGGAAAAUGGUGACGGGUGCCGCAUCUAUAGGAUCAGCAUCCCCUCUGUGGAGCCCCCUGCGUAAAAGAAAAAACAGUGUGGAAACUGGUGAACAAGUGGACGUGAACCUGUGAGAGAAAGAAAGACACCUGAAAGAAGAAAAGGUGGAAGCCACUUUGGAUCCUAACAGGACCGUCGCUUCACCACAUGGAGGUUUUCUGGAGGGUUUCCUCAGCUGCUUUCAAAGCCGAAGCUCCUCACUAACUAUCCUGCUCCUUUUUCCACUAUUUUUACUUUCUUGUUGUUGUUGCUGUCGGGAUCAGAGGCUGCAGACCUCUUCCCUUCUAGUCUGCUGUUUUGUUCUAAGCAAGACCAAAACCAGGUGCCAAACUGACUGUGUCAAGAGAAAAAGCAAAAAAAUCUUUGAAACUAACCAUCACCAAAUCAUCAAAAGAAUUUAGCUGAUUUAGUAACUUAGAGUACAGCUUUAUUUCUCUCCCUUUCAACUCACAAACACAUUACAACACCAUUUAAAAUCCCAUUUAAUCUCAUUCAUUACAGCCCACAUUGAAGAGAUAUUUUAACAAACUUUAUAUCCGUCGUCUUCGGUCCGUGUUUGCAUAGCCGCUGCUCUUAAUGCUGAAACUGAGAGACGACGAUCAGUGCAUUAUUGGUUCAAAGUGCUUUAUAAACACAUCCUCCAGCUUGUAGUUAUGUGUUGCAGAGGAGGUGCGUGGUAAGCAGUGAUAACCGUGCUCUGACGCCGUCUGAACAUUUUAUUGCUUCGGCAGGACGGCGUUUGACUGACGGGCAACACAAGCCACGUCUAACCUGAUAAAUAUAGGCUUUACCGCCGCCGCCGCUGCUGCUUCUGCUGCUGCUGCUGCUGCUAUCUCAAAGGCUUGGAGAUAUACCGUCGUCUCAGUCUGCGCUGUGAAACACUGUUGACACUUUGCCUAUCUCCUUCUUCCAGUUGCUUACACGAGAGAGGCCUCUCGCUCUGUGUCGUCUUCUGUUUCUUCCACACGUGGCGCUCGAUUACACUCUGAAAGCCCCCCCUUUAUCUAAUCCCAGUGACCUCUUCAACUUUUUUGCAUACUUCCUUUUAUUCUACAAAAAAAAAACAAAACAUGCAAUUUAAAACCUUUCACUGUAUUUAACAUCUAUUGUGGAAGUUUGUAAGAACAAGCCAUACCGAACACCAGCCAUACAAAUACCUUUUUCUCAUUUACAAAAACACCUCACCAUGUUUAGGAAUUCUUCAACAAAGUGAUCUUCAAACACAUUCAGUGCAAAAAAUCAGGGAGUCAAUGAAGAAACCGCUAGUGAGGAGAUCCCUAAAUGUCAAACCUUUGGAUGAAAGAAGUGUGUUUUUAUUUCUACUCGUGUCUUAACUAGAUCGCACUAAACCUGUGAGCAGAUAGUCUGCGGUGUCAAGUGUGGCAGCGACCACGCUGAGUUCCCCAUCGUCGUCGACCCCCGUGUUCCUCUGCGUUGACGGAUGAAUCCGGACAUUUUCAUGUCUGUUCUGUGGGCAGAACCUCGCUGCCCUGCUAGAACCGGGCCCAAGCCCUCCUUCGUUCUCUUCUGUUGGGCCAAGCUAAAUUCAGAGCAAAGACACUCACACAAGGGUAUCGAACGCACAUAGAUCCUCCCCGUUUUAAAAAAAUAUAUAUUUUUCUUUCUGUUUUGUCACCAGUUUCUCGCUGUUGAUCACUCUUUUGUGAAUGCCUUGACAUGCUCAUUUAUUGAACUGUCCUCUAGUAGCUGCUGGAAGGACUUCUUUUUCUUAAAGAUUUGAUGCUGCUUGAUGUUCAUUUAGCAGCUUUAUUACUCAAACUCACUGUCCACUACUUCUAAAUUCACUGUUUUUAAACCAAACUUUCAAGCAUACUGACCUUUACUGAUUCUCUUCCUCUAAAUCUUUUAAAGGAAGUUGUUUGUUUCAUCGGCAAAUUGUGAGCAUGAUGUAAAAGAAAUAGAAAUUCUAAGUCACAGCCUGUGCCAAAUUCAGACCGGCUUCCUCUCAGCUUAAACAAAGCGGAGGUCUCUGAAGCUGCCAGCACUGUUGUUUACACACACACACACACACACACACACACACACACACACACACACAUACACAUACACACACACAAGACACACAGAGCUCCAAUAUUUGAUUUAAAAAAAAAGCAUUAUUUUUCCAUGUAUGAUUUUUCAUAACAGUUAUCCAACAGAAGUGCCAAUCAAGAAUACACCCGACAUCUGUUAGAGCUCAUCAAACGUGAAAAAUAAAGUUUACAUAAAGCGCUAAAUGUUUACAGACUACAUUUUCCAUCGCAGAUUUUUACUUAACUUUCGUGCCAUAAACGACCAGAAAACUCUUCAGUAGGAGAUAUAUAUAAGACUCUUUCUUUGUGAAGGGGUCAUUAUAUUAAAAGAGUUUACAGUUUUCUCAUUUUGUUUACAGAAAAUGUAAAAACAUUACUGCCUAUUUUGAAGAUUUUGGCCUCGAGACUGUAAAAAAUUGUCAACUUGACAGACCAAAAUUCAAUAUCUGACACCUGCUGCCAUAAAACAAACCACAUUAUUUCUAUAUUUAUUGAAGUUUUCAUUUAAAUUCAGAACUAACGCCAUUUCACAGGCAGUUCGAAUAGGGCCUAAAAACUCUGAAAGACCUCAAUGUUUACAAAAGCUGCUUAAGGGAAGGAUUUGUAUACAGAGAGAAAUGUUUACAUGAAGCCGAGAGUGAAAUGCCAAACACAUUCAUGAUACACCGCUUGAACUAAGUGAAUCUGCUGAACUCCCGAGAGGAACCCUUCGCUCCUGUGCAGCGUUCACAGAGCAAGAAGUUCAUCAGACUUUUCAUACUACUUUUUAUAAGUCAAGAAGCCGCCAUCUUGGAAGAGGACGCUGAUUAUUCACAUUUGGAGCCGUUUCUGUGACUUUUUUUUUUUUUUUAAUAACGGCUCAAGAAACUUUGUGAUAAAACAAUGAAACCUACAACUUCAAGAGGGAUGUUUUGCUUGUCCCUCACUCUCCUGCUUUUCUCCUGCCUCGCUGUCUCCACGGUAACCGUCGCCACGGAGCGACGAGCUGUUGACGGUGAUGUCAGGACUCUGACUGGCGGCGGUAGCUCUGCUGCGGCCGGUAAAAGGAGCAACACCUUGUUCCUCCUAACUGGCUACAAGCCACGGCUGCCGCCGCUGCAAGCCGGGGCCAAAGUGGCGCCGAAAGCGGCCGAGGUGGAGGACGGAGAUGAUCCACCGGUCGUGGCCGAGCUCCCUCCAAAGCCCCUCCCUCAGACCAUGUUGCCGAGGAACAUGACGGCCGACGCCCUGAAGCCUCCGCUCGGCGCGGCCCAGGUGGCUCCGCCUCCCAGACAGCUGGUGGAUGUGGACGUGUGCAGAGGUUACUACGACGUGAUGGGGCACUUUGACACCACGUUCAACUGCUCCAAGGGCAGCUACAUCUACUGCUGCGGUACCUGCCACUACCGGUUCUGCUGCGAGCACCAGAGGAGCCGGCUGGACCAGGAGGCCUGCAACAACUACAUCUCCCCCGUCUGGGCCGAACCGCUGGUCCCCGUUACCGUAAACGCCGGCAACAAGCCCGACCCGGACUUUGAGACGCUCCAGCAGCAGAACAGCAGUACGGCCUAUGUGAUCGGAGGUGUGAUCUCCUUCACGCUGGUGGUGGCGGUGGGCGUCAGGAUCGCCUUCAGCAAGGUGGCACGUCGACCCCGAAAACAGGACAUCAACAUGCCCAGAUCACUGGUGGAUAUCUUACGUCACCAGUCGAGCCCGGUGCAACCGGGAGAGAGGAACAACACCACAGGGUUGACCACCACCUCAGACGGACGGACAUCCAAAAACCUCUACACCCCAUCUGCAGAGCAAGACAACCGCACUGGGAACUUGCACCACCAUUUUAACCAGCAGGGGUCUGCUUCCAGCCCCAAACACACUGCUACCAUCGAGCGUGGCGCCCGUAUGAACAACACCUCCCAGCUCUCCUCUGGACCCACCCUGCUUUCAGGUAGCGGUAAAGGACCCAGUGGCGGCGGUGGCGGCAUCAUCAUCGGAGGGGGCAUGAGACACAACAGCAGCCACCCCAACUUCUCCCACUCCUUCCACAACCUCGCCCAGCUGCCGCCGUCCUACGAGUCGGCCAUGAAACCUGAGAUCAACCGCUACAGCUCUCUGAAGAGGCUGGAGAAAGAACUCGACGAGUACUCCAGCUACUACAACUCCAAGCGUCGCUCCACCAACGCUCCGCCCUCCUUCUACUCAUCGCAGCACUACCUGCCGUGGGCAGGCGAGUACACGCUGGGAUCCCGGGGCACGCUGCCCCUCAACGGCUCCCGGCCCCGUCUCCACAUCCCCUCCACCCCCAACCCGUACCCGCUGCCCGCCCAGACGCCGUCGUACACCAGCUCCCCCUUCGACAGGCCGCCGCGCCGCGUCCGCUCCCAAGACCAGCUGCUCGGGGAGGGCAACACGCUGUCCCGCCUGUCCAAGAACCAGCAACACCAGUACUACAAAGCCAUGAUGAGCACCAGCAGGGGCUCCAACUCGCAGACGCUCCGCAGGUCCCAUGAGAGGCUUCUGGUCUCACCCGACCGUCUGGAGGACCGGCUGAUGAUGGGUCUGAUCGUCAGCGGAGGCGGCGACAGAGGGGGAGGCGGCGGGAUGGUGCCCGCCAUGGGCCGACUCAGCCACCACCAGAAGGCCCAGUCGCAGCAGAACAUCUGCGUCACGCCGUCCAUGGAGCGCCACCACAUGAUCAAGAUGAACUCCCACCCGACGCCGGGCCACGACCACGAUCGUGGCACGGCGGCUGGGGACCCCCACGGGGGCCACGGCGGAGGCGGAGGCGGAGGCGGGGUAGGCCACCCCAACGCCCGACGGAUGGCUUUCGCCAGCAAGAGGCAGAACACCAUCGAACAGCUGCACUUCAUCCCCGGAGGCGGAGGAGUGCAGGGACUGCGGACUGGGAGUAAGAACGAGGUGACAGUGUGAGAGGACGAGGGAGGUGAAGAGAGAGGAAGAUGAAGAUGAAGAGAGUAGAGAGCUGAAGGCUGGAGCUGUAAAGAAGCUGAAGAGGCAUUUAGCGGGAAGAAGAGCAGGAAACGGAGGUUUGAUCUCAGCUGGCUGCCUCACAGGGCUGCACAAACAGCUCCCCCCCCCUCCCCUUCAUAAAACAAAAAGUGGUGGAUGACAUUAAUCUCACAGUGAGUUUAGCCAAUCGGUUUUCUCCGGUCGUCACUUUCUGUGUUGAAAAAGAGAAUAUUCAGCCAUUCUUUGAAAAGGGAAGACAGAAAUGUCCACUUAAAAAGAGCAAAAAAUAUCAUCCGAGUGCAGUUUAAAGGCUGCUGGGUAUUUGUUGAAUUGUCCUUGAGUUUUUAUUGCACUGUCCUCUGAGUCCUCGAAGAGCUCUGGCAGAGAUUCAUCUGUCGUUGAAUCCACUGUGGAUGACGGAGAACGCCGAGGUAGAGACAGACGGGUUUGCUUGUCUUUGUAUUUAUGAAAAAAAGUAUUUAAAAAACCAAACAAGUUGCUUUUGUAUGAAAUUAACCUGAUAAUAAUAAUAAUAGUAUUAACAUUACUGAGCCCUGUUGUGUAUACUUGGUUUAAAAACAUAUUUAAUCCUUUAGCCAGCCAGUUUGUAACUUUAAAGGCUGGAAAUGUGACCUUUCUCUAGUUGUGAUUGGACUAUCAUGAAAAUAAAACAUUCUCUGCAAAAAAAUAAUCUAACCAAGUACAGUUAGCUGUCACUUGAUUGCCUUUAUGGCUCAAUUUACUACUAGAUAGAAAUUAAAUAUAAACCAUUUUGAGAUUAAAAAAAACAAGACCGACAUCGACACAAGCUGCUGUCAUAAAGGCCCAGUCACACCAGCAUUUAAACGGCAACAUUUACAUGAAAUUGCUGCAAUGAAUUGAUUGAAUUGUUUGAACCCGUUUGACAGAAAAUUGAAAGAGCUAUUGUGGCCGACUAGCGCUAGCAUGUUCCCUGUUUGCUAGUGUGUUAGCGGUUAGCUCGUUAGCUACAGUAGUCCACCAACUAGCCCUGCCAGUACUCACUAUAUCUGACGUGCAGAUUAAUUUCGUUGUGCCACUUUCUGGAGUGACCGGGCCUUAACAGUAAACUCCACUCUGCAGUAUGAUUUUAGCUUAACUUUGUACAGUGGGUGUAUAUCAUCUAUGAAACAUUGUGCUGUGACCCUUUUUGCGUAAUAAUGAGUAAAAAAAAAAAAGGUUUUGGAAUUGGACCGCUUCAUGUAGAAGAACUAACCUCAUGCAGACUGACCAAACAUCCCUGAAACACUGUUUGAAACUGUUCAUUGUGAGUUUGUAGAGAGUUUGAGGGUUCUCAAACGAACCUUCCCGUGCUUCUACCGAUUUCCACACGUUACCUGCAAGUUGAGCUGCUCACCUCGUAUGAAGGGAAGGGGGGGCAGAUGGGUUGCGAGGCGCGGUGGUUGGGUGGGGGUGGUGGGUGGGUUGGGGGGCGGGACAAUGGACACUUCACACCAAGGGCUAUACCGAAUUAUCUUUGUGUGUCUGUGCUCUGUACAGUGUCUGCUUCUCAUUUCCAUUUCCUCUGCGUGUCCGUGUCGGGAGGCAUGCUUGUGCAUAUGUUUUCUUUUUGUGUAGAGAGAAAAUAUAUAAACAUGCAAGGAACAUCUGCAACGCAAAGGAACUUUUGUGCAACGUGUAAAAACACACCAUUGCUUUUUUGUUGCGGGAGAAAAGGUUGGUCAUAUUUUGUACAUUUGUUUUUAGUUUUUCUGGCUGUGAGAUGGACCUUCUAGCCUUCCAGGCUGGAUCUCCCCUUUAUGGGGUUUAAGGGACUCGUGAGGCCUCGACUGAGGUUCUCAGCUUCCCCUCGAUACAGACAGACAUGAUUGAUUACUGAGCGAAGCUUCCUGCCAGCCCUUUUCCUACGACACAUGUGCUCAUUUUAAUGUUAAUGGUUUAUGAUCACACGUGUAAAGAUUCCCCCUUGAUCAGACGCUGAACGCUCUUAUCAUGAUUUAUUUAUUUUUUUUCUUUUACUUAAACAUGUAUUUAUUUUUUUAAUCUCUGUGAAUUUUAAUGUAUAAUCCUGGAUUUUCAAUAUUCAAACUUUCUAGUGGAAUUAAAAAAAACAACAAAAAAAAAACAUUUGUAUUCUCGAGAACAAAAAAAAGAGCUGAUGCAAUCAAAGAGAAAAGACGAAACCGCAUGACGAUGUCAGAAGCCAGUGUUGAUGAUGUCAUAGUGCUGACUUAUGAUGUCACGGCGUGUAUGUGUGUAAAUGUACAUGCGUCUGUUUUAAUUUGUGUGCCCAUGUGUGUAACUCUCUCUCUCAGUGUCUUCUUCUUCUUCUUCUUCUUCUUCUUCUUAGGAAUGCUGAACCUCAUUUUUGACCAAACGUCGGGUCGUGUCUUCAGCUCACGAAGGCGAUUUAAAGACCCCGCGUCGCGGUCGUUACGUGUUCAUAUCAACUUGUGAUGAAAUUUAAAAGGCCUGCCGUUUAAAUUAAAAAAAAAUAAAAAAAGGGACACUGUUCAAUCACAGCUUUUCUUGUCGAGCUACAUUCACCAAAGCGAGGACUUUUUGAAAUAUUUGAAAAUGUAAAUUAUCGAAGGCUUAUAUUGUGUCAAGUUUUUGGUAUUUGAGUAGAAGUGAAACCGCUGAGUGGGCCGUUUGUGACGUCACAAAUCGCUCGGUUGAUGAGUUUGUGUCGCUGCUAAAUAUGUAUCUGCAAAAAGGCGAUUUGUUUUCCAUGAACAGCCUGCUUAUUUGAACAGAACUUUAGGGGCACAAAAGGUACAGUAUUAACGAAGCUGCGUUGCAGCAUGUGUUUUAUUAGCGCCAGCAGCAGCAGCGGUUGUUGCUGAAGUGGGCUCGUGGAGGAGAAUGUAUCGUGACUUGCCUUUGGCUGACGGGACUGGAAACGCUCUGUGGUUUUUACGAUGAAAACAUCUCAUUAACUUUUAAAAGAGAAAGAGGCAAAAAAAAGGGGGGGAAAUGUAAAUGACACGUGAAAAUUCAGUUGUAUUUUUAAUGUCUCAUCUCUCCUCAUACCUUCAAAGGUCUGAUACAGAUGUUGUAAUCCAUGUUCAGUUAAUUGCUCCCCUGAUAAAACUGUGUCUGUGUGUGUGCGUGUGUAUGUGUGUAUGUGCGUGUGUAUGUGUGCGUAUGAGUGUGUUAACCACUGGGAGGGGGAGGCAUGGGCAUAUUUGUAAUCUCAAAGCUACUCUGCAUACCUCAAAUUGUAUGAUACAUUUAUUUAUUACAUCCCCUUAUAUGUCUAUUUCCAAGAAUAUCCAAACAAAGGUCUCACACAUGUGCAACCCCUUUGUUAUCGGUGAUCAAUUCUUGCGUUUGUAGAAACCAUACUGUUUAAUUGAUAAUAACAAUAAAAAAAAAUCCCACUAAA